CUUGCCCCUCUAUCUUAUACAAGUAAUGGGAAGGGGGGGGGGUGACAGGGAAGGGGGUUUGAGAAAACGAAAGAGGAAGGGAGAGGAAAGGAACAAGGGUAGAAAGGGACGUAUUAUGGAGUAUAGGGAAGAAGGGAGUUCGUAACGGAGUAUGUAAGGAGAGUACUUGGAGCUUAUCUCUCUUUUUCUAUUUAUUUUUCGGUGUGUUGUAUGGUUUCACCUCUUACUUCCUAAAUUAUCUGAGGACUGAUAACUUAUCCUAAAAAAAAAAGUCUUCACCACCACAAUCAUAAUUUCUGGAGUGGUUACCAUCGUCUUGUGAUGAUCACCUUUCAUGUCUAUUUACGUACACAUAUAAGAGCAUAUUAAUAUUAUGUAGUUGAUUAUGAGGCCUCAAGUGAUAUGAUGUUUGCCGCCGAGUGUGUCAUAGGUUGUGAUGUUUUACGUAACGCUUGUCUCGUCGUGACUGUGCUGUGGUGAGAUGUGAUGGCGGGUAGCGGAAGGGUAGCGGAAGGCUGUCAGAGGUAACGGGUGGCGGGGCGGCGCAGCCCGAGGCGGGUAGCGGUGUGUUCCGGCAGCUGCUUGUUCACGGCGCAGCACGGGACUCGGGAGGAGCGGAGAGAUGGAAUUACACGGGCCAUCCUUACGCAGAAGGUCCCACAGUUGUGGUCGCUCCACUGGGUUGUGUAUAACUAACCCAGCACAUCUGAAGGGCUAACCAACGCAUGUAAGCUAGUGACUCAUAUAAACUGAUCCCACAUGGCUAGCAAUGACGCUUGUCCUACGAGGAAACAACGAGGCGGCAACGGUAUGCACUGUUGAGUCUCCGUUGCGUCCCGCUGCAUCAUUACUGAGUGACAGUGUAGUUCAUCAGCUUCUUCGGUCGUGAGCGGUUGAUCGCUCCGCUCCCUCUGUUGCCGGAACGUGAAAAGAUCAAGAUGAAGUGUGGGAGUGCAGUGGUAGUUACAGUCCUGGUGGUGGUGAUGGUGAUGGAAGUGGCCAUUGAGGCUUGGGGACCGGUGGCUUCAUUAUCUGAGGCCGGAGAGCGACUACUAACAUUGCAGGCCAACAUGCGGCGGAUCCAGCAGGCUAAGGUGCGAGGCAGAGGCGCGUACUCGGCUGCAGCAUCUACUUUCAGGAGCCCAGCGCGAGGGUCUGAGUUUCGGGCGCCCGGCAGUCUGGGUUCUCCUUUUAACAAACAGAGGAACCUCCACAAUGCUGUCUGGGAGAGGGUCAUGGGACACACGAGGCAGCUGUCUUUCGGGAGCUUUUCCCUUAUCUCUCUCGCUUUCCUGACCUUUGGGGUGAUCCUGUUCGACGUGGUGGGAGGCGCCCUGUCCACGAGGAGUGCUGAGGCCAAGGAGACAGUGCUGCCAGGCCUGGGGUUGUUGGGCGAUGCACUCAAUAACCUCACCGAGGUAGCCCUCAACGCCCUCACCAUAUACUUGUACAGGGAGGAGAGCCCGGACUGCAGCGAGCGAUUGCUGUGUGAAAGCAGUCAACAGGCGGGACAGCGUGGCCUGCUGGACAGCCUGGCCAACUACUUCACCGGCCUGUUUGUGUCACUGUUCCUCCCCGAGCCGCCGCUCUCCCGCAGCCUGGAGGCCAUGCGGGCUGGAAGGAGGAGCGACGACUGUGUGGGGCUUUACCCGCACUGUUCUGUAAACCUCUGAGUGCUGCCUCGCUGUUACGCGUUAGACUGGAUCUGUAAUGAGGGGCACGGCAGAGUACUGUCCACCCUCGUCAAAUGAUGGAAGGUUGCGUUGAGGGAAGGACACCAGAGCAGUGCCUUGCCAUGUGCACUUGAGAAGCAGAGAGGUUCGUUUGCUGUUGUGGUUUAGUGUAGGAGAAAUAUCUUUAACGAAACCUAAUUAUCACAAAAAAGGAACGCAAAUUUACAUGGCCAAAACGUAACGAAGAAAGAUACGCUACAUGAAUGAUGAAUUUUUGGCUUUUAUCACCCGUGCAACAAAUAGCUUCAGAUGAUUUUAAUGAAAACAAUCAAUUUGUACAAGUUGUGGCUUGUGUGUCUAUCAUAUCUGAUUGUAAACAACCGUUGUACACACUCUCUCUCUCUCUCUCUCUCUCUCUCUCUCUCUCUCUCUCUC